AUGGAUAUCCAUCGCUGCCGGUUCGUGCCCUACAAGCCCUCGGCCAUCAACGCCGUAGCCUUCUCCCACCCCAAGACCAAGUCUGCCAAGCAGGGCGCCGUUGCGCGAUUGGCGGUCGGCCGAGCCAACGGUGACAUUGAGAUCUGGAACCCUUCCAAUGGCAAAUGGCACCAGGAGCUGGUCAUUCGCGGCGGCAGAGAUCGCAGCGUUGACGGCCUUGUCUGGGUCAACGAGCCCAACCAGGACCUGGGCGAUGGCAGGAUCGCCGUGGGCAAGUCGCGUCUCUUUAGCAUCGGAUACACUUCCACGGUGACCGAGUGGGAUCUCGAAAAGGGCAAGCCCAAGAGGCACGCCAGCGGACAGCAUGGCGACAUCUGGUGUCUGGCCGCUCAGCCUCCCGCUCUGACCGGAGCCUCAGACGAACUGCACACCAACAAGCUGAUUGCUGGCACCAUCCACGGCGAGCUGGCCAUGUACUCGAUCGAAGAUGACGAUCUGCGCUUCCAACGAGUCGUUGUGCGAUCCCCCACGAAGAAGGCGCAGAUGGUCAGCAUCACGUUCCAGUCACGCAAAAUCGCAGUCGUUGGCUGCUCAGACAGCACCAUUCGAAUCUACGACGUUACAAAGGGCCAUAUGCUCCGCCACAUGACGCUGGGCGCCGAUCUGGCUGGAGGCUCGAAAGAUAUCAUCGUAUGGUCGGUCAAGUGCCUGCCUGACGGUAAUAUCGUCUCGGCCGACUCUACGGGCCAAGUCUGCAUCUGGGACGGCAGGACCUACACACAGUCUCAGAGGCUGCAGAGCCACAAACAAGAUGUCCUCAGUCUCGCCAUCAGCGCCGAUGGAUCGACCAUCACGAGCGGAGGAAUGGAUCGCCGCACUGUUCUAUACAAGCAGAAUGUGGGAGCGGGCAAUCGCUGGACCAAGGUUUGGGGAAGAAGAUACCAUGACCACGACGUCAAGACUAUGGCAUCGUUUGAGAACGGCCGCAUGAGCGUUGUUGUAACCGGAGGUCCCGAUUCAAACCUCAUGCUUGUUCCCCUGAAGGAAAUGGGUCGCGAAAACCACCGAACAAUCAGCAACCUUCCACAGCAGCCGCCCCUUGCGAGCGCACACAAGGCAAGGUUUAUCACCAGCUGGUGGGACAGAGAGGUUCAUAUCUGGACUCUGCGAAAGCCUGCUACAGAGAUCUUCAACACGACUGGAGAGGAGUUUGAUCUGAAUCAAAACCGCAAACUCCUCAAGACGAUUGUCAUCAAGGGCGACUCCAACAUCAGUUCUGCUACAAUCAACCCAGAGGGAACUCUCUUGGUUGUGUCGACCUCAAUAGACGUGAAAGCCUUCCGACUGGAGCACCAAGACCCGGUCAAGCCUUCGGAUGUCAAGCUGUCCGCGCUUGAACUCCCAGACAAGCUGAAGAACUAUGGCGCCUCAAAGGUGGAGCUUUCUGCAGAUGGAAAAUGGCUCUGCGCCAUCAGGGAGGGCUCUCGCGUUGUCAUGGCCAGUCUCGAGGAGGUCAGCGAGCCGGACCAACCACCACGAUUCGCUUCUCGUUUGCAGCGGCUUCCCCGUCUCCGACGCCAUAUCCCGCGAUACAUCAAGAAUGGAGGCUUGAGGAGCUACGAGAGAAACAUCACUCACAUCGCAUUCACUGCCGACUCCAAGAUGGUUGCGGUUGCUGACAUUGCCGGUUACAUCGACACCUGGAUCUUACGCGGCCCAGACGAGAAGCUGCAGGAAGAUGGUCAAGGAGAUGGAGAAAAUGACGCGGCAUCGUCAUCUGAUAGUGCUAGCGACAGCGACAGCUCGUCGGAUGACGAGGAAGGCCCGGCUAGCAGCGUCAGUAGCCGCUGGAUUCGCAACCCGAGCGCAAACCUGCUGCCCAAGCUGCCCUCACCUCCCGUCGUCUUGUCAUUCUCGGAUGCCGUACCCUCAAAAGCUGCGGGCGACGACGGGGUGGAGGCUAUUCAGGACUACACCCUCGCCGCCAUUACGACCUCGUGGAACGUCUUGACCUUCCACCCUCUGCAAGGCUCGCUCACGCCAUGGUCACGCAGAAACCCUCGGAAAGCUCUCCCGGCCCCCGUACAGGACCUGCUGGACUUGGCCAAGGGCGCCCUGUGGCAGGGAUCCCGCCUCUGGGUCUACGGCGUGUCAUUCCUGCUCAUGCUCGACACUGCCCAAGACCUUCCCAAGCCCGCGUCCGAGAGCGACGCUGUCGUCAGCAAGGGAGCUCAGCCGGGUACCAAGCGCAAGAGGACCGGCCAUACUAGCGGUGCCGGAGGCAAGAUGGCUGAGAACCUCGCACCGCACCGUGUCGGCAAGUACGUCGACGGGCAGUGGGUGAACGUCGACGUGGAUGCCGCCUCUCCCCACGAGGACGGAAGCGACAGCGACGACGAUGACAUGGCUGAUGCUCCCGAGGGCGACCUGGCCCAGCUCCGCAGCACCAACGGAAACGCCAACGGCAGUGCCAGCAGCUCGGGAACUGACCGCAAGAGCUGGUGGAUAACCUACAAAUACCGCCCGAUCCUUGGCAUCGUGGCCCUCAACGCUCGUGACCAGCCCCUCGAGGUUGCGCUAGUGGAAAGGCCGACGUGGGAUGUGGAGAUGCCUGAGAAGUAUUACGCCGGGGAGGAGUGGGAGAAGAAAUAA